AUGAAUAUGACAGAACGACAAAACUAUACUAGUGAACUACCGCCAUCUCAAAAAGCGUCCGUAUAUUAUGAAUAUCAGGGAAAUAUAUAUUACAAAGAUAUACCAAUUCCUACGCCUAAAGACGACGAGAUUUUGGUUCAAAUCAAAUAUUCAGGAAUCUGUCGAACUGACUUGCAUGUUUGGAAUGGUGACUGGAAAUCGAAAUCGAAACUACCCAUGAUUGGAGGACACGAAGGUGUAGGAGUUGUAGCUGGCAUCGGCUCGUCUGUAUCGGGUUUUCAAAUAGAUGAUGCAGUUGGGAUAAAGUGGCAAAAUAAAUCUUGUUUAUCUUGUCCUUAUUGUGAAAGAGGACAGGAGAAUAACUGUGAACAAGCAGUAUUUACGGGCUGUCAUACUGAUGGCUGCUUUCAACAAUAUGCCAUUACUAAAGCAAUUUAUGCUGCUAGAUUUCCUAAAGGAACAGAUCUCUCCCUUGCAUCCCCGAUAUUAUGUGCUGGAACAACUGUAUAUAAAGCCUUGAAGGUUGCGGAUAUUAAGGCCGGCGAAUGGGUCGCCAUUACUGGAGCUGCUGGAGGUUUAGGUACUUUAGCAAUUCAGUAUGCAGUUAGUAUGGGUUAUCGCGUAUUAGCUAUAGACUGUAGCGAAGAGAAGAGGGGCCUUGCUAAACAUUUGGGAGCUGAAAAAUACAUCAACUUUCAAACUACACAUAACAUAAUUGAAGAAGUUAAGACGAUCACGGAUGAGGGCCCAGCUGCCGUAUUAGCCAUAGCAGAGGGUGGAUUAAAUGAAGCUGUAGAAUAUGUCAGGCCAUUUGGAACCGUUGUAUUGAUUGCUCAGCCGGCAACUGAUACUUUGAAAACAAGCAUAUUCAGGCAAGUUUGCCGUUGUGUAACAAUACGUGGCUCUUGCAUCGGUAACAAGGCGGAUACAUCGGAAGCCAUUGACUUUUAUACUAGAGGGCUAGUAAAGCCAUCUGUGACGUUCUGCAAGCUUUCAGAAGUCCCAAAAAUUUUUCUGUUGAUGCAAGAAGGGAAAGUGAAAGGGAGAUAUGUCAUUGAUUUGGGCCAAUAUUAA